AUGCCGUUUGUCGCAAACACGCCCGAGUCACUGCUCGCGCGCUCCGACUCCAAGGAUCCCAAGUCAACAUGUCGCGGCAUCACCUCUGCCGGGCGCCCUUGUCGUCGGCCUCUUGGCGCGCGGGCCGACGCUGGCACGCGGUACGGCAGAGGCGGCCGCCUGACCGCCAUCCCAGACGACGACCCUACGGACGAGAGUCUCUACUGCUGGCAGCACAAGGAGCAGGCCAGUCACUCGACGCGGUCUGGCACGGGACCCAAAGGCAGCGGCAUCGGGCACGUCGCAGUGCCGACGAUUCGCGAGGAGCGCACGAGUCUGGACACGCUGGCGGACCGGCUGGGCCUGGUGGACAUUGGUGAUAAGAACGCUGCUGGGCGGCCGGGUAAGCCUGGCAGACGACCAAAUGGAGGAGGAGCAGGGGGGGCACCAGUCUACCCGGCGGGGUUCCAAAGCAAGCCCGCGAGACCGUCUAGGCCGCCGCAGCACAAGAAGAAGAAUAAGAAGCAGAAGACGAGCCAGCUCCAGCUUUGCUGCUGCUUCAGCAUCCCGAUUGAGCAGCUCGAUGACGAGCCAGCAGAGAAACCGAAACCAAGACCUGCGGAUAAGCCAUACCAGCAGGAGCCGAUGCCGACGUACCAGCCUCAACGACCAUCUACAGCACCAUAUCCGAACCGUCACCGACCGCCCUCUUCAAAACACGACCAGCCGCCGCCGCUGCCAUCACCUGCAAAGAGCACCAGAUCAGAAGCUUCACUCACGGCGCAGAUGAAGCAUCUCAUCCCCGACUCGCUCGAUGCCGCAACCGCGUCCUUGCUCAUGGCCGAGCUCGUGCGCCCCGUCGCCGAGUCUGACGAGCCCGGCUACAUUUACAUGUUUUGGCUCGUACAGGAGGACGCUGACGCUGGUGACAGUCGCCAACGAGCCCCCGUCGAAGCCGCCCGAUCACUCCUCGCCCCGCCGCCGCCACCGUCAUCCGCGGCUCAGGGCCGCCGCGCCAGUGACACCGUCUCCCGCUACGCCUCGCAGUCGCGUCGUCGCAGCGACGGCCGGCUGGGCAAGCAGACGAUGCUCCUCAAGAUUGGCCGCGCCGCCAAUGUCCAGCGGCGGAUGAAUCAGUGGCAGCGCCAGUGCGGCUACGACGUCGAGGUUUUGCGGUACUAUCCCUACACGUCGUCGACGCCGACGCCGUCGCCUGGUCGGAACAGACGAGGGAGCGACUCGCCCCCAGCGACGACGACGGCGGGCAUGAUGACGCCGCACGCGAAGCGCGUGGAGCGGCUGACGCACAUUGAGCUUACGGGCUUGGGGCUGCGAGCGGAAAGGGAAACGUGCAAGGCCUGCGGGAGAGAUCACAGAGAGUGGUUCGAGGUUGGGGCGACGAGAGAAGAGGUGAGGAGGGUGGAUGAGGUGAUUCGGAGGUGGGUGGAGUGGGAUUGCCGGAAUGAGUGA